AUGUAAACCAGGCUUUAUAUCACUCGUGCGCCCCUCAAUGGAGAAUCGCAUUGUGACAUUGGUUAGAGUUAGAGGUUAAAACUAGAGACAAAACUUUCCGGAUUUCGGACAAUCAUUUUGAUUUAAUUUUGAGUUAUUUCAUAUACAGAAACUCUCCAGCACUGACAGUCAGCAAUUCCGCAAUACAACUUCUAUAUUGUAAAUAUAUUAUUUAUAAAAAAUGGCCGGUAACUUUUGGCAAAGCUCACAUCACCAACAAUGGUUACUGGACAAGCAAGAUUUGGUUAGAGAACGUCAGCAUGAUUUGUCAAUAUUAACGGAGGAAGAAUACCAGAAAAUAUUUAUUUUCUUUGCCAACAUGAUUCAAGUGUUAGGUGAACAAUUGAAACUGAGACAGCAAGUAAUAGCUACUGCCACGGUAUAUUUCAAAAGAUUUUAUGCUCGCAAUAGCUUAAAGUGUAUAGAUCCUUUGUUGUUAGCUCCAACUUCGGUUUUUCUUGCAUCAAAGGUAGAGGAAUUUGGAGUAAUAUCUAAUACCAGAUUAAUAACAACAAUGGGAACUGUAGUAAAAAACAAAUUCAACUACGCCUAUACGCAAGAAUUUCAGUAUCGUACAAAUCAUAUUUUGGAAUGCGAAUUUUAUCUUUUGGAGCAUUUGGAUUGCUGUUUAAUAGUGUAUCAACCUUACCGUCCCUUGUUAACGUUAAUUCAGGAUGUGGGGCCAGACGAACAGUUACUUACUCUUGCCUGGCGUAUCAUUAACGAUAGUCUGAGAACAGAUGUGUGUCUGUUGUAUCCACCUUAUCAAAUAGCUAUCGGUUGCAUGCAAAUAGCCUGUGUGAUAUUACAGAGAGAUCUGAAAUCGUGGUUUGCCGAGUUGAACGCGGACAUGGAAAAAAUACAGGAAAUAGCUCGGUAUAUAAUAAAUUUGUACGAAUUGUGGAAAAAGUACGACGAGAAGAACGAGAUUCAGGGUUUACUAGCUAAAAUGCCAAAGCCGAAAGCGGCGCCGCAGCGUUGACACGAAGCACUCCCUUCGCCAAACGUUUGGGAUUCGUGUUGAAGUGUUGAAAAUACUUCAGACUAAAACACUGGUUUUUUCCAUAGCUGUAUUAAUGCCAGAAAGUUGACAACGAAUAAUAUAAUUCUGCAUUUAUAUUUGUCUAAAUAAGACUGUAUAUUCGUAUGUAAAAAAUAUGUUCCAAAACAUGCGAACAAUAUCGCUUUAUUUAAUGUGUUUGUGUUGCAUGCAUGGUACCAUUGCACAAGUGGCAAUUAUUACGUCUAGAAAUUGUUAUAUUGAAUGAAUUACAAAGGAACGGUUAUACAUCACGCUUGAAAUCCAACAGGUUUUUUAUUGCAUUAAAUUAAAUCGUCGAAUUCCGAAGUAAUUUCUUACUGUACACAAUUUUAUUAUUGAAAAAUAAAACAACAGAGCAAUUAAAAAAAAAAACAUUAAGUUCUUAAUAUAAACUUACUUCUCACUAUAAAUCUAAUAUAAAUGUUUAUCACAAGCAUCGAUUACAAAAAUAAAACAAAUUUUGUUUC